AUGUUCUCCCAAACUAAUCAGUGCCCGGGAAACGAGGGCUCCGAGCCAGUGCCCGUGGCCGGCUCCCGCCUGUGCCUCUAUGAAGACGGCACGGAGCUGACUGCAGAUUACUUCCCGAGCGUCCCCGACAACUCGGAGCUCCUGCUGCUCACCGAGGGCCAGGCCUGGCAGGGCUAUGUGAGUGACAUCAGCCGCUUCCUCAGCGUGUUCCACAAACCGCACGUGGGCGUCAUCCAGGCCGCCCGGCAGCUGCUCUCUGACGAGCAGGCCCCGCUGCGGCAGAGGCUCCUGGCCGACCUCCUCAACACCAUCAGCGAGAACAUCACGGCCGAGACUAGGGCCGAGGACCCGCCCUGGUUCGAAGGUCUAGAGUCCCGGUUUAGGGACAAGUCCAGCUACCUGAGAUUCAGCUGCGAGAGCAGGAUCCGGAGCUACCUGCGAGAGGCGAGCUCGCACUCCUCCAUGGUGGGUGCGCAGGCUCGGGAGGCGUACGUGUGCAUCUUGGAUGCCAUGGGCCAGAAGCUCAGGGCUGCGCGAUACAACGGCAGCUACUUCGACAGGGGCGCGAAGGCCGGCGGCCGGCUCUGCACGCCCGAAGGCUGGUUCUCCUGCCAGGGCCCUUUCGACAUGGCCAGCUGUGCGUCCAAACACUCCAUCAACCCCUACGGGAGCAGGGAGAGCCGUGUCCUCUUCAGCACCUGGAACCUGGACCACGUAAUAGAGAAGAAACGCACGGUCAUCCCCACCCUGGUGGAGGCAGUCGAGGGGCAGGCCGGGAGACAGGUGAACUGGGAGUACUUCUACGGCCUGCUCUUUACCUCCGAGAACCUCAAGCUGGUGCACGUCGCCUGCCACAAGAAGACGACCCACAGGCUCAGCUGUGACCCACGCAGGGUGUAUCGGUCCCAGGCGAGGCCCAGGAGGCAGCGGGCUGCUCGCAAGCGCCCGUGACCUGGCACACGGUCCCCACGCCGCACCAGGUCUGGUGACGCGCAGGAUCUUAACAGGUGCUCUGUUUUAACCCACUGCAAUAGCUUCUGAACAAAACUUCUACAAAGCCUCCCUACAGCUUUCUGAUCUCAGCACAUUCCUGAGUCUGUUUCCUGGGCCCUAGAGCCUGGGGCGAGGACGUUUGAUGCACCGGUGGAUGUCGGGACCUGGUGUCGGGUUGGCGGGGUCAGGGACCCGUGCCCUCGGAUUUCGCCUGCUCUCUGUGCUUGGGUGGCACAGUCCCUAUGCUACCCAGCCUCCCAGCCUCAUGGCCAAAGCUGGACUCCCCGCCUGAGGGACAGUUUUCCUGCCAGCCCUGCUGGGCCUCCACUCCCCAGCCUCCUCUAGAUGCUGCCAAAUGCCCAAGUCGUGACCCUCUUGGGGUGAAAUGUCCACACUCCUUUGUAAGGAGCCCACAAGGAUGUUCACUGCUGUGCCGUAAUGGCACAAGGGGGCCCUCCCCUGGCUUGUCAGGAGGGGGUGGCUACCCUGGCACCUUGUUCAACCAAUGAAAUUGGCCCAACCCUGCAGCGUGUAACCUGCUGUUUAUAAAAGGCCACUAGCAUGUCACACAGCACAUCUGUGAACAGCAGUGAUCCUGGGACAGGGUGGGUGUGACGAUUACAGGGGACUUUCUAAAUCACGCGUUUUACGGUACAGCUGGCCCUGUAUCUGGGCUUCCUGUCGCGGCCUGGAACCUCGGACGCGGAGGGCCAACUGCACGCACUGUCCUUCGCCAUUUUAUAUCGGGGACCUGAGCAUUUCUGGGUUUCGGCACUGGGGGGGUGUCCUGGGGCCAGUCUCCCUUGGGUACCGAGCAACACUUGAAGUUUUUGAAAUGAGCAUUUAUUUCAUAAUUUUUUUAAAUGUAUUUUUUACAUUUUAACACUUGAAUUUUCACAUGUACUGUAGUCAGGAAGAGCAAUAAAGUUUUUCAUACAGA